UUUAUUUACCAUGUCUGACGAUACCAGUGUUGAUUAUUCGGCUGAUAUUGAUUGGAUUGAAGAAGCUAUCACUAAAAAGUAUUUUAAAUAUUAUGAAUUCGAGAAUUUUAACAAUAUUCAGGAAAUUGGUUCGGGAGGUUUCGGAAAGGUUUUUCGCGCAAGUUGGAAAAAUUCGGGACAGUAUUUAGCCUUAAAAACUUUUUUUAAUUUUGACGAUGCUACAAUUAAAGGGAUCGCUCGUGAGUUAAAACUUCAACGUGAAGUUGAUUUUCAUAAUAAUAUUAUUCGUUUCUUUGGAAUUACAAAAUAUGAGCCAGAAAGCGAAAAUAAUCUAUUGAACUUGAACCGGUAUUCAUUUGUAAUGGAAUAUGCUGAUAAUGGCACGCUUCGAAAAUAUUUGAAGAAUAAUUUCGAUAGUAUUACUUGGAAAGAUAAAUUAAAUAUGGCUUACCAGCUGGCUAGUGCCGUUUCUUGUUUACAUAAUGAGGGAAUUGUGCAUAGUGAUUUGCACUCCAAUAAUAUCUUGGUUCUUAAGAAUAAGAUUAAAUUGGCUGAUUUUGGACUGUCAAAGAGGAUUGAAGAAACGUCCAGUCGGCAAUCUUUCAAAUUAUUUGGUGUUAUUCCUUAUAUUGAUCCAAAAAGAUUAAUGGAUCAAGAAUACAAAUUAAAUGAAAUGAGUGAUAUAUAUAGUGUAGGUGUAUUAUUAUGGGAGUUAUCUAGUGGUAAGCCACCUUUUUAUAAUGAUGGUGAAGCGUAUGAUAUUGGUUUAGUUGUUGAAAUUUUACAAGGUAUUAGAGAAGAACCUAUUCCUGAUACACCCGAGGCUUAUGUUGCGCUUUAUACUGAAUGUUGGAAUAAAGAACCAGUUCUUCGUCCAGCUAUAAGUGAAGUGCUUGAUCAAUUGAAAGCAAUUAUUUUUUCAGUCGACGAAACUAAUGAAAAUGAUUUAUAUAAUACUGUAAGUCAACAUCAAGAAGACGGGCAAAGUAAACAAGGCGGACAAGAAAAUAAAAAUAAUGAGGAAUCAAUAGACGAUGAGAAUUCAUCAUUUGUAAAUUCAUUAUUAAUAGGCAUAAUAGCUGAUGAAUUAUCUAAUCUUAUUUUUAAUGGUGAGAAAAAAUUGGAAGUAUCUACCAUUUGUAAUUCUUGUGAAGUUUAUAACAUCAAAUCAGUAGAAGUUUAUAAGUGGUUAUUAGAUAAUCAAUAUGAUCCAAAUCAUAUUUUUUUACUUGGAGCUUUUAAUUAUUUAGGAAUUGGAACUGAUGUUAAUAAGGAAAAGGCGGUUGAAUUAUAUCAAAAAGCGGCAGGCUUAGGACAUAGUGUAGCUCAAUAUAAUCUUGCUUGUAUAUAUAAAGAAGGAAAAGUUGUAUAU